CCAUAGCUCAUUUGAUCAAAAGUAGCUUGUACUUUCGUUUUCUCUGUUUGCCAUCAUUUUAUCUUGAUUUUUUUUUUUUAGUAUUAUUAUGGCUUGAAGGUACAUGGACUUGAAAAAUCGAUGCCAACGGCAUGUGUCAUGCUUUGCCUUGCAGAGAAAGGCCUAAACUUUGAGUUUGUACAUGUUGAUCUCUCCAAAGGAGAACACAAAUCCCAUUCGUUUCUGUCAAAAAAUCCAUUUGGAAAGAUUCCGGUAUUUCAAGAUGGACCUAUCACACUUUUCGAAUCUCGAGCGAUCACCGGAUACAUUGCUCACAAAUACAAGGAUCUUGGUACGGAUCUGUUCAGACAUGAUAACAUCGAAGAAGCUACAAUGGUUGGAGUAUGGAUAGAAGUUGAAUCACAACAUUUCAGCCCUCCAACUACUGCUAUCAUUUUUGAAAUGUUUAUCGGGCCUCUUUUUGGCCACACAACUGACCAGUCAGUCGUAAAUCUCAAUGUAGAAAAGCUCGAUAAGGUGUUUGAUGUUUAUGAAGCUAGACUUAGCAACUCUAAGUACCUUGCAUGUGACUCAUUCUCACUUGCAGAUCUUCAUCACCUGACUUACAUUUACUACCUAAUGAAGAUUGCUCCUUGUGCCGAUCUAAUCAAUUCUAGGCCUCAUGUUAAGGCAUGGUGGCAGGACAUUUCAGCUAGACCAUCCUUUGUUAAGGUUGCUCAAGGACUUACUUUGGGUGAAUGAUUUUGAAGUCAAAGAACAUCAAUUGAUUGAUUAUGGGUGACAAAAGUUGAUGGCUUUUGUAAUUGCAUUACUUCUUUCUCAUGUUUUUUGUUUCAAUUGUGAUGAUUUAAAUUUUAAUUUGCUCUCAGUGUCAUUUUUGAUUGAAUUAUGAUUAUUAUCA